UAAAAUUUAUGCAGUGCAUACAACAAAGAAGCAAAGAAAAUAUACAUUUUUUCACAAAAAUAAUAUCAAAUAACGCUAAUUCAAUUAAUAGAAUUUAUUAAGGAAUCCAAUCCUGUUACGAAAUUGAAUUAUUAAUAAGGCACAGACAAAUACUUGGAUCAUGAGCAGACUUUAAUGACAUAAAAUCAACAGCAUUUGCAGAACACUAUUUUUUCACGACAGCAACAAAUUUCUUAAAAUAAAGAAGACAAAAAAUGGAUUAUUCAAGUUUUCAAAAAUUUGCUAAAUUAAUCUUGCUGCUUUUUGCCACACCCUCCUUUUUAUCAUGGGGUGAUGCUGCUGCAUCUAGAGUUUUUGAGCUCUCCGAUCGUUUUAUUGAUGUGCGCCAUGAAGGCCAAUGGUUAGUGAUGUUCUAUGCUCCCUGGUGCGGCUACUGCAAACGUACCGAACCAGUGUUCGCUUUAGUGGCUCAGGCCUUACAUGCCACCAAUGUAAGGGUGGGACGUUUGGAUUGUACAAAAUAUCCAGCAUCUGGCAGAGAAUUUAAAGUACGUUCCUAUCCCACUAUAAUGUUUAUCAAAGGCAACAUGGAAUACACUUAUAGUGGGGAUCGCAGCAAAGAUGAAUUAGUGGAUUAUGCCCUAAGAAUGAGUGGUCCACCAGUGCAACUAGUUACACGCACAGAAAGUGUAGAUAUGCUUAAAGGCUCUCAUACCAUAUUCUUUAUGUUUGUGGGCUCCCAGGAAGGAGUUGUGUGGGACACAUUUUAUGCAGCAGCCGAAAAUUACCAAGAGCAUGGUUUCUUUUAUGCCACCUCUGAAGAUGUGGCGGCUCAACAUUUCGAAUUUGAGAAACUACCGGCGGUUAUAGUCUACAAGGAGGAGCAACAUCAUUUCUAUCCACAUGCCCAUGUAGCCCAUGAAAUGGACCCCAUAACGGUCAAUGAAACCAUACACCAGUGGGUGAAUGAAGAACGUUUUAUAGCCUUCCCCAAAAUAACAAGAUUUAACAUAAAUCAACUACUGAAAACUAAUAAAUAUUUAGUGGUGGCUGUGGUGUCAGAAGAUAAACUUAGUCAGGUGGCGACCCAUGAACUGGAGUUCCGCGAUAUGGUGGAAAAUGUUAUACGCAAACAUCGCGAACGUUAUCAUGAUAAAUUUCAAUUUGGCUGGAUUGGUGAUCCCAGCAUAACACAUUCAAUCAUCAUGGAUGAGCUGCCUACUCCCCAUUUGAUUGUUAUUAACUCCACUACACAGCAGCACUAUCUUCCCGAUGACGAUCCUUUGCAAAUGACUCCCCAGGCUUUGCACAUAUUCCUGGAGUCCAUACACAAUGAAAGCGCCCUCGCCUUGGGUGGUGACACUUAUUUUGUGCGCCUUAAUCGUGCUUUAUUCGAAGGCAAAAAGGCUCUUAUCGAAAUGUGGCGCGGUAAUCCUGUGUUGACAACUGUCAUAUUUGGUUUACCUUUAGGAUUUCUCACAUUAAUUCUAUACUCCAUAUUCUGUGGUGAUUGUAUGGUAGCUGAGGACGAUGAAGAUGAUCAUGAAAAGAAAGAAUAAUUACUUAAUACCAAACAUAGAUCAACAAGAGCUACAUUAGCUGACCUGUUAGUAAAAGUAGUUAAAAUUGAUGAUAACAUGUUUGUAAAUGCCAAAUUUCUAGUCAAAUUUAUGUUCUUAUAUAACAUUCGUUUUUAAAAAUCUCUGCGGUAAAAAGAAAAAUCUAAAUUUUUUUUCAGCGCUUGAGUUUCCCAAAAAAAAUCUCGUUUUCUGUAUUUCUUUUUUUGUUAGUUAAUAAGAUAAUAAAAAUAAUGUUUUGCAAAAGAGAGAAUUAAAUAACUAAAAAAAGAACAUUUUAACAUUCUUAAUGAUAGAAACGAAA